AUGACAGAGAAGGCCACUAAUGUGGGGUCCGCCGUCCCUGGCGACGGGCAUAUCCAAUAUGCCGUCGAAAAGUCAGACGUCUCACCACCUUCCGUAACCGCUUCCAACACCACUACCCAGCAACCAUGCACACCAACCCGCCUCUAUAUCGGCAACCUCCCACCAACACUCACAGAAUACCACCUCCUCAAACUCUUCUCACCGCUCGGAACCCUCACCAAGAUCGAUUUCUUGUGGCAUAAGCAGGGGCCGCAUAAGGGCGAACCGAGGGGAUAUUGUUUUAUUGAGUACGCGGAUAAGGCGGACGCGAAGCGCGCUGUUGAGAAGAUGCAUGGGAAGGUCGUGGCGGGACGGACGUUGGUGGUGAGCUUUUCGGUGGAGUUUGAGGGUGAGCAGGGAGGGGCGGCUGCGGCGGUGGGUGGGUCUGCGAAUAGUGGGCCGAGUGUGGCUACGAGUGUAGCGACGGGCAUACCGACGGCGUCACGGCGCGGGAAGGGACGGGGCAGAGGCAGGACGGAUCCUAGGUAUCGGGAGCCGCCGCGGGAACCGGUGAAUCAGAAGCUGCAGGCGAAGGUGGUACAUGUGAGCACGGACAGCAAGAUCUCUGCGAUAGAACGCAAAAUGCAGCAACUGCAGCAGGCUAAGGAUAAGGGUGGGGAGGAGUGUGGGAGUGCUGGGAGUAGUACGCGUUCUUCGCCGUGGCAACAUCGAGAUCGGAGGACCGACCAUUCGCGGAGUCAUCCGUAUAGACGGUAG